GGUAACUCUGAAUCCGGAAGUUCACGCUUUCACCGUGCGAGGUCUCUGAGAUCAAUCGGUGAGGUUGGUACAAUUGACUUAUCAUUCGAAAUGCAAUUACGGACUAAAAAAAGUCUCUUCUGUUUCUCACAGAUUGUGAAACAUUCGAGUUCAAGAAAAUAUAAAUUGUAAAAUACAAUUUGCAUACUGAAGUCCGCGGCUCUGACAUAAGACGAUGACCAAUAUAAUCAUUGAGAAAUAUUUUGUCAAAACCAAAAAAAUAAGAAGAGAAAACUGUAUCUGUAACUGAUUAGCAUUAGCAGAUCUUCUUUAAAUUUCUCUUCUACUAAACUCGCACGGUUGAUACAAGCAUCGAGGGAAAUGGGUCAUGCGGUAUCGCAGCAUCAGCUUUCAUCUCUCGCUCGCACACCUAGCCGAUGAACAGCGAUCAGGUAGCGCAAGACUACGGUGAGAAUGAGCACGUAGGGCAUGCGGUCGCAAGGGCGGCGAGUAAGGGAGGAUCGGCGGAGGGUGUGUUCGUCGGCGCUGCGCUGGCUGGAGAACAGACUUCAGGGAUGUUGCAGUGCUGUGGUGUUGGAGGUGGCGCUUCCACGGCACCUCCGCAGCUGCAGGGUACCGGGUCCGCUCUCGGGGCUACCACCUCCACGAGAACCAUCAUGCAGGACGCAGUUCUCGAAUCCAUCCUGGAGCAAAUGCGGGAGACGGAAGCCCGGCGAGCGGAGCUGGAGAGGCAGCACGCGGAUGCACAGAACCAGCUGCGGGAAAAGCUAGCAGGACGCUAUCAAGGCCCGGAGUCGGUCGAGGCGUUGCAGUCCAAGAUCCGGGAACUCGAGAAGAAAACCGAGCUGCAAAUGGUGAAACACGAGGAGCUGUCGCUGGAGCUGACCAGUCUGAGGCGUGCGCGCAGCAGAGGACCGGUCGUGGGACACAUCACGUCCUCGAGUGUCCCGACGGCCACCUGGCCCCCGACUGACUCCGAGAUCGAUAGAAUCAUCGCCAAGAUCGAACAGAACAACAGUCAAUUCAGUGCCGGCAGAAUAUUACACGAAUUGGAUCACGCGCGAGGCGCAAUAACCACGCAGCAACCCUCGGCCACGCAAGGUAUCCUUCGGUCCAGCUCGGAGAAUCUUCCCAACCUUGGCCAUCAACAUCCACCUCAUCCGCAUGCCCUCAAUCUCGGAAUACCUAGCCAAAUGGGCCACUAUGCAGGUUCACCAAUGCCAUUAACGCCGAUGAUGCCUGGUUGUCCUCCACUGACGCCGAACGGACCACCGUAUCACUAUAGCGAGCCGAUACCGCCGGCGCCGUCACUUUCCAGCAGUCAGUCACAGCCCGCUUUCCAGCAGAAGCUCCAGCAGUACCAGCAACAACAGCAUGAAAUAUCGAGUUCUCAUUCUCAGAGCGCUCUGCCGUCGCAACAAAAGCAACAGCAACAAACGCACACAUCACACUUUAGCAAUCAGUACCAAGAAAGCUAUCCGCAUACACAAACGUAUCAGCAACCGCUUCAGCAGCAGCAGCAACCGCAACAGCCGCAACAACCGCAGCAACAACAGCAACAUCCAGCCUCGACCACGUACCUGACAUCGGCCAGCCAGAGUGUGAUACCUCACUACACACAGCCUGUCCAGACCGCCCAGAAUUAUCAGUUGAAUGGUAGUCAACAGGCAACGACAUAUCCUAGUUUGUCCAUGGCGUCGCAUCCGAAUGGGACUUACAGCACGGGCGCGACCAGCUACAACACUCAGUUGCCGCAUCACAAUUACACCGUGCCGCAGACAAAUAUCACACAGUCCUCGCUGCCGCUGUACUCCACCACGUCUUAUCAUUCCACCCUCGGGGGCCUCACGAGCGUGCCCCAGUCCGUUCUUCCAUAUUCGACCGGUCAGAGCACCUUCGCCACGAGUGGAUCGACUUAUUCCACUACCGUCGGGACCAACGCUUUCGGAACAUCGGGCGUAAGCUCAGGUUCUUCUUCGGGAGGCCUGUUACAAGCAAUAGGCGAUCCACUGCAAGCGAUGCAGCAACUUUCCGCCCAGUCGCAGGCCAAUCAACUUCAGACGCAGGCGAUCAUCCAGCAGAUUCAGCAGAGCUUGCGCGCCAGCUCGCCGACCGCGCCCGGUACCGCGACCGGCCACCACUUUCUCGGCGGCCCUAGGCAGAUGCCGAAGAUUCCGACAAGUAUACUGACAAAUCCGCUGGACCGACUGACCAACCCCGAUGACAUCAUAACCGAGGGUCAAGUGGAUAUGCUGGACGUGCCUGGCAAAGGCAGAUGCUACGUUUACAUAGCCCGCUUCAGUUACGAGCCGUUCCAACACUCACCGAACUCGAAUCCGGAAGCGGAACUGCCGGUCCAGGGUGGCGAUUACCUCUUGGUCUGGAGCCAGCCCGACGAGGAUGGCUUUCUAGACGCGGAAACACUCGACGGUAGACGCGGUUUAGUGCCGGCCAAUUUCGUGCAGAAAUUGGUUGGCGACGAUCUGUUGGAGUUCCAUCAGGCCGUCCUCGGUCUUAGGGACGUGGACGAUUCCGCCUCGACAAAUAUUCCUCAAGUGAGCAAUAUAAAAGCUAACGAGUGCUAUCUGCAGGAUAUUGAUCUGGAAUUAGCCGCAUUGGAAGAAGGUAACCGGAACCGUCAAGCAGAAUUAUCCGCGUAUGCGGAACUCGACAAUAUCGCGGAGGAGGAUGAACAAGAACCACCAGAAGUCUACAUGUUUUCGGACCUAGUUCCGGCGCCGCAGCACCUCACGCUCGAGCGGCAACUCAACAAGAGCGUGCUGAUCGGAUGGACGGCACCCGAGAACACGCACCAACUCGAAUCCUAUCACGUCUACGUGGAUGGCGUAUUGAAGGUCACGGUGAAGGCCACGGAGAGGACCAGAGCCUUGGUGGAGGGAGUCGAUUCCACUCGGCCUCACAGGAUAAGCGUGCGCUCGGUUACACACUCAAGAAGGACAUCGCGCGACGCUGCUUGUACGAUGGUGAUCGGUAAGGACGUCGCGCUGGGUCCGACUGCCGUUAAGGCGUCGAAUGUCACGGCGACCAGUGCUGUGAUAUCCUGGCUGCCCAGCAACAGCAACCACCAGCACGUCGUGUGCGUGAAUAACGUGGAAGUGAGAACCGUGAAGCCGGGUGUUUACAGGCACACCAUCACCGGCCUGGCCCCAUCGACGAUAUACAGGGUGACCGUGAAGGCGAAGAAUCUGCGGGCGACGCACUUCGAGGACCAAAACGCUCAGGCGGCAAACAAUCUAGCCUGCCAUGUCCACUUUAAGACGUUGCCGAAAGGAUUACCGGAUCCCCCGGUCGAUAUCCAGGUGGAGGCUGGACCGCAGGACGGCACUUUGCUAGUGACCUGGCAGCCUGUUGCCCUAAACGGUUCGGCCGUCACCGGUUACGCGGUUUACGCCGACGGUAAGAAGGUCACCGACGUCGACAGCCCCACCGGCGAUCACGCGCUCGUCGAUAUACACAAGCUCAUGGGUCUCAAUCCGAAGCACAUCACCGUCAGAACCAAGAGCAGGGAGAGCCAGUCGGGCGAUAGUUGCGCCACGGCGAUACCCUGCAGCGUGCUUCGCGGUGGUGCAGCCGGUCACGUGCCGUCCCACGUCGGGCCUCAGCACAUGGUGGACCAGCGGCAGCAACCGCAGCCCACCGGCAUGGUGCAGCAACAGGACGAUCCGAAUCGCCAUCGCAUGGGCGUGGGUCAGCGAUACCCGAACGCACCCGUGCCCUCGCACAUGCGACGACACAUGGGCAACAGAGUGGACGCCCACGGCCAGGUUAUCAUCGAGACGGAUGAGAAUCUCUCCGACAAGGAGAUCUACCCCGGACAGAGCAUUGCUCAGAUGGGUAUUCCAGAGAUCACGAAAGACUCCGCGAGCGAGGCUAAUUACAGCGAGGAGGAUGAUCCCGCGCGAAGGCGGGGAAUGCCGCCGCAGCAUCACGGUCCGCAUCAUCGAUACGGUCCCCAAAUGGACCCUCAGGGCCCGCCUGGAGCGCAUAGAUCGCCCAGCAUGGGCGGUCCCAGUAGACCUCAAGAUCCUUAUUACGAUCAAACGGGAUCUCAAAGAGGAAGGGGACCGGUUUACCGCGGUGGAAGAGUAACGGUAGCUCAAGGUGGCGCGGGUCACCCGUCCAGUGCUCAGCAAAUGAACAAGAGGCAACGAUGGUUCGUGGCAUUGUUCGAUUACGAUCCCACGACCAUGUCACCGAAUCCAGACGCGUGUGAUGAGGAAUUACCAUUCUCCGAAGGCGAUACCAUCAAGGUGUACGGCGAGAAGGAUGCUGAUGGUUUCUAUUGGGGCGAAUGCCGCGGUAGACGUGGAUACGUUCCUUACAACAUGGUGGAGGAACUUAAAGAUCCACCGGGUCAAGGGGGUCAGCCUGGGGGUAGAAGGGGACCCACGCAGAGCGAGAGAUGGGGGGACAUUUAUGCUAGUAUGCCCGUGAAGAAGAUGAUAGCCCUCUACGAUUACGAUCCUCAUGAAUUGUCUCCUAACGUUGAUGCUCAAGUCGAACUAACGUUCCAAACUGGAAACGAAAUCUACGUCUACGGUGAGAUGGACGACGAUGGUUUUUACAUGGGCGAGCUGAACGGUCAGCGCGGUUUGGUGCCGAGUAAUUUCCUCACCGAAGCCCCCGGGCAGAAUCAGGGACAACCGCCGCAGGGUAGCAGGCGACCCGGCGGCCAGAGUCAAGGGCCGGGCGCAAGAGGGCCGCCACCGCCUCCCCGGGAACCACCUCCGGCUGGUCACCGGCGUGGCAAAGAUGCCUGCAUUGUGCCUGUGUCUGUCCCUGUCUGUCACUUAGACUCUAGACAACUACAACAACCACCACCAUCACUAAUGAACAACCAACAACAUCAACUACAACAUCAAAACAAUCCACCGCAUCUAGCCUACCAACAAGCGAAUCACCACAGCUACACGACCGUAACCACGUCCAAUCAACAUGGGCCCAGUCACUUGCCACCCGGCGGCGGUGUCAUGGGUGCCCAUCAGCAAGGUCCCGUACCGCCCCACCUUCAGCAACAGCCCAAUCCCUUGUUCACCAUGCAGCGUUAACCGAAAAUACGGAACAUCUUUCAUCCAUCACGUCGAAUUAAGAAGCAUAAUAAUUUCUAAUCACUUAUUAUAUAGAAACCGUUACAUCAAGUAAUUUUAUUGGCAUAAUUAAUUAGACUAAUUUAUUUAUCUGUUACAAAAUCUGUUAUAAAAAUAAUUAUGUAAGUACUUGAAGGAUUUUUGUGUGCUUUCUUAAAUUACAUUAAUUAUUUUAAUUUCUCGCCAAAGUUGCUCCGUAU